AAAUUUUCCAUCGAAACAAACGGUAGUAUUUUUUGUAUCACAUUCAAUAUAAAAAUUACCAAAAUUAUAUCUUUUAAUAAAUAUAAUGCAAAUAAGCUACUGAAAAUAAGUAAUUCCAAAACAGACUAUUUGAAUGUAUGAGUAAAUUACCUUAAAAUUUGCAAUAACAACAGGAAUUAUCAUUAGCAGAAGAACUAAGAAGAUCGUGGUCAAUUCAUGCGGCAAUGGAGAUGUCGUGAAGUGCGUUGUGUUUAGUUGUGCUUUUAGUUACUUAUAUAUAUUCCUUUCUUGUUUAACAGAUUCGGGUUGAAGAGAAGUUGUCUGCAAGAAUAUUAACACUGAAUAGACCUAAGCAAUUGAAUGCCCUUUCAUUUCAAAUGAUUUCUCGGCUAUUGGAACUUUUCAUUGCAUAUGAGGAGGAUUCUAAUGUGAAGUUGGUAAUUGUCAAGGGAAAGGGACGAGCAUUUUGUGCUGGAGGUGAUCUUGCAGCAGUGAUUCGGGAUAUUAAUGAAGGUACCUGGAGAAUAGGUGCAAAAUUGUGUGGGUUGCAGUUCACCUUAAAUUACAUUUUGGCAACAUAUCGUAAACCCCAGGUUUCAAUCCUUAAUGGAAUUGUCAUGGGAGGUGGGGCGGGAGCUUCAAUACAUGGCAGAUUCCGGGUUGCAACAGAAAAUUCGGUCUUUGCAAUGCCAGAAACAGCUUUGGGAAUCUUCCCAGAUGUGGGUGCCUCUUAUUUCUUGUCAAGACUCCCUGGAUUCUUUGGAGAAUAUCUUGGUCUUACAGGCACUAGGUUGGAUGGUGCUGAAAUGCUUGUAUGUGGGCUUGCAACUCACUUUGUCCCCUCAGAGAGAUUGUCUUUUUUGGAAGAAGCACUGUGCAAGGUAGAUUCAAGUGAUCCAGCCAUAAUCUCCGCAGUUAUUAAUGAGUACUCAAAGCAACCUUAUAUGAAAGAGCAAAGUGCAUAUCACAGAUUGAAGGUCAUUGAUAGGUGCUUUUCUCGAAGAACAGUGGAAGAAAUUAUAUCUGCCCUUGAGAGAGAGGCCUUGAAUGAGAAGGAUGAUUGGAUCUCUGAAACAAUCCAGUCACUGAAGAGAGCGUCACCAACAAGCCUUAAAAUUUCUCUGAGAUCGAUUAGACAAGAACGGCUCCAAGGUGUUGGUCAAUGUCUUGUUCGUGAGUAUAGAAUUGCUUGUCAUUUCCUGCAAGGAAAACUCAGCAAGGAUCCCUUUGAGGGCUUCAGAGCUAUACUAUUGGAUAAGGAUAAGAGCCCAAAGUGGGAGCCCUCUAAAUUGGAGCUUGUUAGUGACAAUAUGGUUGACUCAUACUUCUCUAUGAUGGAUGAUGAAGGCUGGGAAGAUCUAAAGCUCCCUGCGAGAUCUAAUUUGCCUGCAUAUGCCAUUGCAAAGCUUUAAUGCGUGAAGGUGAAAAAUGGGGAAAUUGUUGCGCUUUUUAAAUUAUAAUAAAAGGGAUAUCAACACAUUGUGUGGAGACAUAUAUGACCACAAUGAUAUUCUCAUUGUCUUUGUGAUAUUAGUCAAACCUUGUUAAAGGGUGCCAAUUUUAGCUGAUGCUAUAAUUAUAGUAUAUAGAACAUAAAUUUCCAGCGUAUGCUUCAAAUUAUUUUCUCUGGUAAUCUUUGCAAGAAAAGGAACCAUCUUUGACAUGAUGUAAA